UUCGUCGUGUAUAUCCGCCUGUCUGUGUCUGUUUCUUAAGCUGAACACAUAUACGUUUUUUAAUAGUGGUAGAGCAGGCAUAAGUACAUAUACACGUUGCUGUAUUUCUUAUAGCUUUGAAGAAUUUUCGUCGGAGGCUGGCGAUAUUCGCCAAAAGAGUCUCUCUUAGUCGCGGCCAAGUGUUAUUAAUUUUUGAGUCUCUUGAAAUAUAGCAGUGUAUAUAUAUAUAACCAGUCCACGUGGGCUCGUGACAUUCGUAAAAACAGUCUGCUAUAACUGUAAACGUUACGUCGCCGCAUCGUAAACAAAAUAAAACAAAACAAGAAAAUAAAAGAAGAGAUAGUACUGACAGUGGCGAGUGGAAAAAAAUAUCAUAACUUCGAGCACGUGUUGAGCGUUGUGUGUGAGUGCUCGGACUUCGUAACAACAUUGCAUCAUGGAGUUAGAAGACGAACAACAGAUAGAGCAGCUACGUAGCAACAUCGACGAAUUAAAUCUGUCGUGGGUCAAUCAGCAUCUAGCCAACUACUCAAGAGACCAACAACCGCGCAUUGAGAGCCACAACCGGAAUACAGUUCCCCAACAGUUAGAGCAGCUGAGCGGCCGCAUCGAGAGAUUAAGUCUGUCCGAUAGUAUCGACGAGCGGCUGACUAACUCUCUGCUGCGCCUUGCCGUACAGCAAAAUAAUGUAGAACAGAUCGUAGAGUUGCUGAAACAAGGCGCAAAUCCUAAUGCGCCCAACGAGGAUGGAUCGACGCCCUUGCACACGAUGGCCGCGAAUCCCUCGCAAUAUGACACGAUGGAGAGGUUUUUCCAAUGCAUAGACGAAAAAAUUCAGCACGACGAUGCCCAGAAGAAGAGUGCCAAGGAGAUACCGCUAUGCGUAGCGUUGGGGCAGGAAUACGAGAAAAUCAAACCUCUGCUGAAAGAGCAUUACAGCCCGACACCUAGCAAGAGGUACGGAUCUAUCAAGUACAGCGGCUUGGUGGAUGCGCUGUUCGACGGAAAGCAUCAGUUGGUGCGGUUGGAUGCUCAGGACAGAUUGGGCGACACUCCGCUACACUUGGCCGCGCGCAGCCGCAACAAGAAAGCGAUCGCCUUGCUGCUGAGAAGAGGGGCCGAUCCAGCUUUCCGCAAUCUGAGCGGACAGGAUGCUCAGAGCGACAUUUCAAAAAAUUCUGUUAAAUCGACGGACUCUUCGAUCGAUGCCAACACAAAGCUCAACAAACGUGCAUCCAUGGAUGCAAGAGACAAAAGAUUGAGCGCACGGACGAGGUAUGAAAGGAUGAAAGCAGGCGAGCGAAAUUAUCAACUAGAAACAGCUUCUGGUACCGUACAACGAGAACCAGUGGAUUUUAGUCUCAGAGAGUCGCCUUCACUUCAUAAGAACAUCAAGCGUCAAAAUCUCAACGACAAUUUGCGCCGGAAACACUCUCGAAUAAUGGCCAGGGGAAAUCCCUGGUCAAAUGGAAAUGACCAAAAUCUCAACCGCAAAUCUCCGUUAAUUGUAGUUGAUGAUAGCUUCAUACGCGUGAAAGAAUAUUGUGCACGGAUACGCCCCCAAAUGAGAGCCAUGGGAGAACGCUUGCGCAAUGAAAUUGAUCAAAAUCACAACCUCGGGCUAGACAAUUCGCACCAGAUGCACACCCCAAUGGGCCUGGCGGAUCCCUUGUCAAAUGGAAAUGGUCAUAAUCUCAACCUCGGACUAAGCGGACUAAGGGGCCUGGCGGAUCCCUUCUCGAAUGGAAAUGGUCAAAAUCUCAACCUCGGACUAAGCGAUUGGAGCCGGAUGCACACCCCAAUGAACCUGGCGGAUCCCUUGUCAAAUGAAAAUGGUCAAAAUCUCGACCCCGGACAAAACGAUUGGUACCGGCUGUCCAACCCAAUGGACCUGAGGCCUUUCUCGUCAAAUGGAAAUGGUGAACUAAAGGAAUGGGUCCGGAUGAUGAACAAUAAUUUUCAGGCCAUGUUGGCCUUGCAAGAUACCUUGUCAAAUGGAAAUGGUAAUAUGGCGAGAAUCUCGAUCUCUGGGACCCCCGGAAAUUUUGUUUUAAACAUGCCACAUAAUAAUGAUAUGAACUGUGAUGAAAAGUAAAAAAGUGUAAAAAAAUGUAAGAUUACUAACGAUUUCGGACAUGUGAUACGCUUUUCUACACUUUUUCAUUUUUAUUACAGUUUAUUACAUUUGUUUACCGAUUCAUUAGAGAAAUGAAAACCCUAGGAAUUCAAGCUCAUUAAAGUUAGAUGGAAAAAGUAAAAAAAGUGUAAAAAAACAUAAAAUUCUGUAACAAUAAUCUUAAAUGUUACAAUAUUGACUUAUGAGUUUGAAAUGCCGGUCAAGCCCGCAUGAAAUCGCAUCGACCGCAGGAAGUGAUUUUUGUGAAAAAAGUGACCUCACUCUGAUGCAGCAGGAAGCAUUAUAACAUCAUUAUAGAUGUACUGAGGAGUACUGAAAUGACUGGAUUUGGUUUAUAUAAUAUCCUUCAUAAUUUGACAGUAAAUAAUUAAAUUUUUAUAAAAAUCAAUUCUUUUUUUUUCACGAAAAUCACUUACUGUGCUCGAUGCGAUCACAUGCGGAUUGCAUAAGUAAGAAAAUGUUAAAAAGUGUAAAAAAAUGUUAUUUUAUGCUGCAUUUUUAAUCAUUGGC